AUGGUAAUACCAACUGUUACUUUUUGUACAUUUAUACCAAAUGAAGAAUCAAAUAUUGAACAUUUUCAUUCAAUCAAAUCAUCAUUCAAUUAAAGUAAAGUUAUAUUUAUAUAUUAUAGAUAAAUUUGAAUAUAUCUAUAAUUAAUUAUCAUCAUAAGUUCAAAACUAAUUAAAUUAUAAUGAAUUCAAAGAAACUUUAUAAACAAUUAAAAAAAGAACAGGUCCCAUUUAAUAUUGGUCAUAUUCUACUCCUAAUCCAAUCUAUCCUACUGUAAUUGUUGCAUUUCAAAAUAACUUAGCUCCUGGUUUAAUAACAUGGUAGUAUGAGAAUACUAAAUUCAAAAGUUUCAUCAUAAAUGAUUAUAGUUAACCAUCCUUCUUAGAAUUUAUUAUGAAUAAUCCUAAAAGAACUGCUAUGACUAUUAUUGCAGAUGAUUACCCUUUAUUAAAAUAUCAUGGUAAUAGAUUUUAAGAUCUCAUGAGUGUAUUCAAGAUUCCAAUAGCUAUAGAAUUCUCAAGAUAAGUAAGUUAAGGAUUAAUAGAUCCUGAUAAAUGGAUAUCAAUUAAGGAAUUGUCUAAAUUCUAUAUAGAAGGAUUUGAUAUAUCACAUUAAUUAUUCUUAGAAAAUUGGGAAAACAUGGGAAAAAUAUAAGAUGGUAAAGUGAAAUUAAUUGAAAUUGCUAAUGGAAUGAUUGCAUUAAGUUCUAAUGCUAAUACUGAAUUCUUAUAGACUCUCCUAACUCUAGAAUUAAUUUAAAAGACAAUCAAUAAAUUAAAAUUGAAAUAGACUACAUCUUAUUAUUUAAAUUCAUUUUUAUUGUCUUAUAUAAACAAUAAAAAUUUAACAAGAGAUCAAUAUAUAAGAGAAAUUAAAUCGUAUACAGAAGAAUCAAUCAAAUAAAAGAGUAAUGAAAUCCAUAAUUUGUUAAUUUAAAAUGGAUAAGAAGCAUAAGAUCUAUUAAAAAGAGGUAAAGAAUUAUUAGAUGGAGAAAUACUAAGUAUAUAAGCUUAAUUAUUUACUAAAUCAACUACUAAUUCUUAUGCUUAAAUGUUAAAUAAAUUAAAUAAACAAACUAUUUUUGAUUAAUAAUUUUAUAAAGUAUUUUAUCCAUUAAUAGGAUAUGUCUCAUUAUAAAAUCCAGCUUUAGCAAAUAUUUAUAAACAUGUUGGGGUAUAUAUAUAUAUAAUACUAAUUAAAUAAGAUUAAAGCAGGAUCUUCAGCAUAUUACGAGUAAAAAGAGUGUGUUUUAUCACUUGCAUAUUUUUAUGAAUUAAAAAAAAAGAACUCUUUUAAUAAAGUUUCAAUAGCUUUAUUUACAGAAAAUUUAGAUUAUGAAACUGAAUAUGUACCAUUAAUAUCUUAGUUCAAUUAUUUUACAGGGUUAUUGGGAUUAAAUGAAGAUUAUCUAUAAGCUAUUGCUAAUUAGUUGUAAAGUAAGAGUUCUAAUAAAAAAUAAUAAUGA